UUGAAGGCUACCUAAGUUGCUGUGGAGGCCGUUACCAGCUAUAUACCACCAGACCAUCUACCAUUGUUACUUUAAUCCCCCUAGGACCCCAUACGAUACUAACCUGCAUACAUAUGUGGCUGGUUCUCCUUGGUUUCACACGUUGCUUUAUUUGGUUCCCCCCCCCCCUUCAUUUGUCUAGUAUGCUAGGCAGUUCACCAGUGAGGUGGGGGGAAGUGUGGGGGUAUUUAUAUGAAAACCAAUGAAUAACUGGCCAAUCCAUUACCAAACAUGAUGGCGCCAUAAUUACAUGGCACCUGUAGUGCCACGCCGCCGCUAGUCCGGCCACUGGAAACCGCUCGUUUUCACCCGCAGUUAGACGCCGGAAGCAGCAAUCAUGCCAGAGGUGAGGGGUCAGGUCCUGGAAGCAUGGAUCUGGCGCAUGCGCACAUAAGCACACAGCGUCACCGGGCCAUAUUAGAUGCCAAUACCGCACAGGACAGGAAGAAAAUCCCAACAAGAAUUCUGAGGGAAACUUCAUCUUAUCGCUGAAUUAUAAAGUAGAAGCUGAAGAUAUGAUGGAGCCCUCCUCAGGAGAAGACCCCCUCACCACUAAUGUCCAUCCAUCAUACAAUCCCCCUGAUCAUAAGGGACCUCCUCCCAACCAAUCACAGGUUGUUACCUCAAGGACAGAUCAGAAAGGGGAGAAAAGGUUUCAAUGUGAUGAAUGUGGAAAACAGUUUACAAGAAGAUCACAUCUUUGUACACACAGAAACCACACAGUGGAGAAGACAUAUUCAUGUUCAGAAUGUGGGAAAUGUGUAGAAAAAUCAAGUAUUGUUCUACAUGAGAGAAGUGACACAGGAGAGAAGCUAUAUUCAUGUUCAGAAUGUUGGAAAUGUUUUAGACAGAAAUCACAUCUUGGUAUGCAUGAUGAAAGUCACACAGGAAAAAAGCCUUUUUCAUGUUCAGAAUGUAGGAAACUCUUUUCUUAUAAACCAGAUCUCAUUAGACAUGAGAGACUUCACAGAGAAAAUAAGUAUUCAUGUACAGAAUGUGGCAAAUGUUUUAGACAGAAAUCAAAACUUAUUAAGCAUCAGCGAAUUCACACAAGAGAGAAACUAUAUUCAUGUUCAGAAUGUGGGAAAUGUUUUACACAUAAAUCAUAUUUGGUUUUACAUGAGAGAAUUCACACAGGAGAGAAGCCAUUUUCAUGCUCAGAAUGUGGGAAAUGUUUUAUAAGUAAAGGAAGUCUGGUUAAACAUAAGAGAAUUCAUACAGGUGAGAAGCCAUAUUCAUGCUCAGAAUGUGGUAAAUGUUUUUCACAGAAAUUCAACCUUAUUAAGCAUGAGAUAAUUCACACAGGAGAGAAGCCAUUUUCAUGCUCAGAAUGUGGGAAAUGUUUUAUAAGCAAAGCAAGUCUGGUUAAACAUAAGAGAAUUCACACAGGAGUGAAGCCAUAUUCGUGUUCAGAAUGUAGGAAAUGUUUUAUAAGAAAAUCAGAUCUGGUUACACAUGAGAGAAUUCACACAGGAGAGAAGCCAUAUUCGUGUUCUGAAUGUGGGAAAUGUUUUACACAUAAAUCAUAUUUGGUUUUGCAUGAGAGAAUUCACACAGGAGAGAAGCCAUAUUUGUGUUCAGAAUGUGGGAAAUGUUAUACGCAUAAAUCACAUCUGGUUUUACAUGAGAGAACUCACACAGGAGAGAAGCCAUAUUCAUGCUCAGAAUGUGGGAAAUGUUUUGCACGUAAAUCGCAUCUGGUUGUACAUGAGAAAAUUCACACAGGAGAGAAGCCAUAUUCAUGCUCAGAAUGUGGUAAAUGUUUUGCACAAAAAUUCAAACUUGUUAAGCAUGAGCUAAUUCAUACAGGUGAGAAGCCAUAUUCAUGCUCAGAAUGUGGUAAAUGUUUUUCACAGAAAUUAAACCUUGUUCAGCAUGAGAGAAUUCACACAGGAGAGAAGCCAUAUUCGUGUUCAGUAUGUGGGAAAUGUUUUAUAAGGAAAUCAGAUCUGGUUAUACAUGAGAGAAUUCACACAGGAGAGAAGCCAUAUUCGUGUUCAGAAUGUGGGAAAUGUUUUAUAAGUAAAUCAGAUCUGGUUAUACAUGAGAGAAUUCACACAGGAGAGAAGCCAUAUUCGUGUUCAGAAUGUGGGAAAUGUUUUAUUAGAAAAUCAGAUCUGGUUACACAUGAGAGAAUUCACACAGGAGAGAAGCCAUAUUCGUGUUCAGAAUGUGGGAAAUGUUUUACACAUAAAUCAUAUUUGGUUUUACAUGAGAGAAUUCACACAGGAGAGAAGCCAUAUUCGUGUUCAGAAUGUGGGAAAUGUUUUAUUAGAAAAUCAGAUCUGGUUACACAUGAGAGAAUUCACACAGGAGAGAAGCCAUUUUCGUGUCCAGAAUGUGGGAAAUGUUAUAUACAUAAAUCACAUCUGGUUUUACAUGAGAGAAUUCACACAGGAGAGAAGCCAUAUUCAUGCUCAGAAUGUGGGAAAUGUUUUGCACGUAAAUCGCAUCUGCUUUUACAUGAGAAAAUUCACACAGGAGAGAAGCCAUAUUCAUGCUCAGAAUGUGGGAAAUGUUUUACAUUUAAAUCAUGUUUGGUUAUACAUGAGAGAAUUCACACAGGUGAGAAGCCAUAUUCAUGUUCCGAAUGUGGUAAAUGUUUUGCACAGAAAUCCAACCUUGUUAAGCAUGAGAUAAUUCACACAGGAGAGACGCUCCUGUGAGGAGAGAGAUUUUGAUAUUGAGAUUGUGGGGAAAUACAUUUAGGGAAAUUACAAGGAAAUGAAAUCUUUCAAACUCACAGAAUUUAUAAGAAUAAAAAACAGGUUCUUGUUAGGAAUAUGGGAAAUGAAAGGAUUUACAGCUCCAGGACCUCCCACAGUUCAUUAGGGUUAUGAUGCUAUAACUCUGGUUCUGAUAAACCAUUGAAGGUUGGAGUGUUGAGUCUACAGUUUAGAUACAAUGAAGCCCCCAAUAUUGUGCCCUCCUGGAAUCUGCUUUAAAGGGGUACUCUGCUGCUAGACAUAUUAUCCCCUAUCCUAAGGAUAGGAUAUAAGAUGUCUGAUCGCGGGGGUCCCACUGCUGGGAUCUACCACAGCACCCGCCGGGUUCCUGCAGCAGUGGUCGUGACAUCACGGCACGCCACGCCCCCUGCAUUUAUGCCUAUGGGAGGGUACAUACUGGUUGAAAUGUCCCCUACCAUAGACAUUAAUGGAGGGGGUGUGGUGGAUGUCACAAGGGGGCGUGGCCACAAUCAGACAUCUCAUCCUCUAUCCUCUGGAUGGGGAAUAAGAUGUCUAGCAGCGGAGUACUCCUUUAACCUAAUUCUGUAGAACAUUCAAAUUAGAUCUGUGCUUGACAAUCACUGGGGAAUUCUUCUGACAUUCAACCCCAUUGUUUACUGCAGUAUUCACGAUUAUUUUAUAUAUAUAUUAUUAUUAUUUUUUUUAACUAAUAGGGGAUACAUUUUUAGGAGUGUUUUAUUUGAUUUCCUUUAUAGCAUCUGUUUUUUUUACUUUAUGUCUGCCAUAUAAAUUGUUAUUACUUAUAAAAAUUACUUAUACGACCUGUAACAUUAUUUGUUUUAAUAAAAACUCCCGUAUUAAACACCUUCAUAUCAAUUACGAUCCUUUAUCAUAUGACCUUGAGGACUGUGGUUUCGUUUACAUCAUCCUAAGCGAUUGUAGGGGGGAGGUACUUCCUAUUAAACAAUAUCUAGACCAGUGGUCUCAAACUGUGGCCCUCCAGAUGUUGCA